AUGGCGCCAUCCUUGCCCACCCCAGGGCCCCGGGGCGCAGCACUCACCCCACGCUCCCCCGCACUCCCGUCGAUCCCUGCCAGGCGGCAUGCUGCCAGUCGACCCGCCCGGCAGCCGCUGGACGUCGCCCGCGCGGACUCAUCUAACGCCGCGGGCUGGGCGUCGACGGUGGCGGAUGCGGCCAGCGCCAGGCGGUCGGAUCCCGCGGACUACUUGGCCAGUCGAGCUGCGUUGCUGCCCGAGCUGAUCCAGGACGUGGCAAGGAUCGCGAUCGGAAGCGGCAGCAGGGGCGUGGUGCGCACGGCACAGGCGGCCGAAGCGGUGCUGAUGACGAUCCGCGAGCAGGCGGGAAAGAGCGGGGGAUUUGAUCCCGCUCCAAGACUCCUGAGGCGGUUGUUCGAGCGAUUGGGCGCCACGUACAUUAAGCUGGGGCAGUUUAUUGCGUCCUCUCCCACGCUGUUCCCGGAGGAGUUCGUGUUGGAGUUUCAGGCGUGUCUGGACAAGACAGAGCCUGUCCCUUUUGAGGUGAUCAGGAGGCGGAUCAAGGAGGAGCUGGGGCGGCCGGCGGAGGCGGUGUUCGCAUCGCUGCGGGCGGAGCCGAUGGCCAGCGCGUCCGUGGCGCAGGUGCACGAGGCGGUGCUGAAGGACAGCGGGAAGCGCGUGGCGGUGAAGGUACUGAAGCCUGGGGUGGAAGAUGUCCUGACUACAGACCUCGACUUCCUGUAUGUGGUGUCUCGUGUCUUGGAGUUUCUGACCCCAGAUCUAUCAAGAACAUCCCUCUCGGGUAUAGUCAGUGACAUUCGAAACACUAUUGAAGAGGAGGUUGACUUCAAAAAGGAGGCAGAGCACAUCGCCCACUUCAGAAACUACCUGGACACAUCAGGCAUGAGCCGCUUUGCCACCUGUCCGUUUGUGUACAAGCAGCUGUCAUCCUCAAAGGUGCUGACGAUGGAGUACCUUGAGGGGGCCGCACUUACAGACCUUGAAACCAUCAAGAGGACAACAAGGGCAGACCCAGAGCAGACUCUCAUAUCUGCUCUCAACACUUGGACAGGCAGCCUCAUUGCGGCUGAGACCUUCCAUGCCGAUGUGCAU